UACAGUGCAAUUGACAACAGUAAUUCCCAGAAGCCGGGGAGGGAGGUUGCAGAAAGGGACUUAGGCUCUUCAGCAACUCAGACAGGUGCUUCCAACCUGUUUCUUUGGCCGGGCAACCGAAAUCAUCAGCUGGGAGUUUUUGUCCCCCCCUCUCUGUUUGUUUUCCAAAUCUAUUUCUGUGCAACAUUUUUGAUCUGGAUUCUUUUUCUAAAAAAACCAAAGAUAUACCACACGUUUUUACCAUCAGAGAUGCCUUGUCUUCAGGCACAGUAUGGGACCUUGCCACAAAGUGGAGGACCAUAUGAGGACUACAGUUCUGACUUUUUGACUCCUGAAUUUGUCAAGCUUGGAAUGGACCUCAGCACCACGGAGAUUGCUGCCACAACCUCUCUUCCCAGCUUCAACACGUUCAUCGACAGCAACAACGGAGACUUUGAUGCAUACUUGUACCAACUGAUGCUUACCAACCAGCAGUCUCCAUUUAAAGUGGAGGACGUUCAGAUGUUUGGCUGUUAUCCAGCCUCCAUCAACAUGCAUUUGGAAGAGGUGCUACCUCAGUGUGGAUCUUCUCAAUAUUACAAUGGAUCUUGCUCCAUCCCCUCACCAUCAACCCCCGCUUUUCAAACGCAGCAAGUGUCCAUAUGGGAUGAUUCUUUUCCUCAUCACUCACUGCAAUAUGGUGAGGUGGAUCAUUUGUUAGAUCAACAAAAAAAUGUGUCCCAACUUUCAUUCUUUUCCUUUAAGCAGGUACCUUCAGAGUCUCCUGUGUCACAUUGCCACAUGAGGCUCGAUGCAAGUUCCCAUGGAGCUAACCCUGUCCACCAGCUUGUUGAUACCAUGUCUUAUGAUGCCACCAGCCAAGCCUCCAUGAAUUUUCCUGCUCUCCCCAUGGACCGUGGACCACGUCUCUUGGACAGUCCCAUUGUUAUAGACAAUCCCAUCCCCUCUCCACCGGUUCGUAACCCCCCUUCUAAUGAGGGCCAGUGCGCUGUGUGUGGAGAUAACGCUUCCUGCCAACACUAUGGUGUACGGACCUGUGAAGGAUGCAAAGGUUUCUUCAAGUUUGCUUUAACGAUGGACACAUCCAAAGUUAUUAAAGUUCAAUGUAGCACAAUGGUCCGCACAGACAGCCUGAAAGGUCGUAGAGGUCGACUUCCAUCCAAACCAAAGAGUGUUCAAGAAGCCACGCCUUCAAAUGUUCCAGUUAGUCUCAUCACAGCGCUGGUCAGGGCACAUAUUGAUUCCAACCCAAUCAUGUCCAAUCUAGAUUAUUCCAAGUUCCAGGAAUCUAGCGUUUAUCAGCCACAGGAAGAUGAGGCUGGAGACAUCCGACAGUUUUACGAGUUGUUGGCUGGUUCAAUGGAAAUGAUACGCAAGUGGGCGGAGAAGAUCCCGGGAUUUAGUGGUUUGCCCAAGGAAGAUCAGGACCUACUGCUGGAAUCUGCUUUCCUUGAGCUGUUCAUCCUCCGGUUAGCCUACAGGUCCAGCCCUGAUGAAGGCAAGCUGAUCUUCUGCAGUGGCAUCGUCCUCCACCGUCAGCAAUGUGUGCGUGGUUUUGGUGAAUGGAUUGACUCCAUCAUCGACUUCUCCGGCACCCUGCAGCGGAUGAAGAUCGAUGUGUCCAGCUUUGCCUGCCUUGCGGCGUUGGUUGUCAUAACAGACCGGCACGGCUUGAAGGAACCCAAGAAGGUUGAAGACCUGCAGACCAAGAUAAUAACGUGUCUGAAAGACCAUGUCACAUCCAGUGCAGGCGAGCAAAUGCGGCCAAACUACUUAUCCAAGCUUCUGGGCAAGCUGCCGGAACUAUGUACCCUCUGCACACAAGGACUGCAACGCAUUUUCUACCUGAAACUCGCUGACCUGGUUCCUCCACCUGCCAUUGUCGAUAAACUAUUCUUGGACACGUUGCCUUUCUAGAGAAGCUGCCGAGCUGUGUGACUGUUGAACUGGACCCCAGCAAUCAUCUUUGAUGAUGCAGUAUGAGCAGGGAGUUCAACUUACACUGGAACCAGUUCAAAAAUCAGAUGGCUUCAGGAAUUGGACAAAUAUGCUAUGCGCUAAUUGGGUUUGCUGUUUUUCAAAAAUGCUGUUUUUAUUUUAUUCAGCAUUACAGGUUAUUGGAGAAAAAAAAUGUCCCUUUGCUACAUUGCAGCUUCUACAAAACAAUCUAGCCAUAUAGCUUCUCUGAGCUUUGACAGACUUGAGAGAUCAGAUGUUCUCAGAGAAGAUAACAGCACUGGUUAGAGACACUCUCUCCCUCUGCCUCAUAUUGUCAUGGCCCUAAAUCCUAAACUCAAGAACAAAUGCAAUGUGAUGCUUUUUCUGUGUUGUAGACUCUCAAUUAUAGCCAUCUAUUACAGCUAAAGAAUCACAAAUCAAGGAACAUGAUCAGGGCCAAAUGGGAAAAAUCAAGACUGAACCUAUUUCAGUCAUCAGCUAUCUAAGAAAAUGGAUAUGUGCGUUAUCUGUCUGGCUGGAUUUGUAAUCGUAUGCCAGAGGUAGGCAUACCAUGUCCAACCCUGUCAUCUUUGGAAAGAGUAAAGCUAUCUGAGAUGGAUUUUGAAAGAA